AUGGCGAGUCAGAACACCGAACAGGAGUAUAAAGACAAGCUGGCCUCGUCUGUUGGUGGAGAGCCAACAAGCGGGGACCCAUUUAGUUCUUCACCUGAUCCAAAUCCAGAUUCCAGCGAAGUUUUGUACAGACACAAGGACCACGCCGUGAGCCAAGAUCCAGGCUCCCAAGUUAACUCACUACCAGAAGACUGAAACCAAUCCGUGGUCAACACGGAAGACAACCACAACCUUUUUAGGCUCUCCUUCCCAAGAAAGCUUUGGAUGAUGGUGGAGGAAGACACAUUCAAGUCUGUGAGCUGGAACGAUGAUGCAGACACCAUGAUCAUCGAGAAGGAUCUCUUCCAGAGGGACGUUCUUCAACGGAGAGGUGCAGAGAGGAUUUUCGAAACAGACAGCUUGAAGAGUUUCAUUCACCAACUGAACCUCUAUGGAUUCUGCAAAACACGCCCAAGCAACUCUCCAGGAAAAAAGAAAAUGAUGGUAAAGUAGAAAGUAUUUCUGUAAUCCCUUUUCUCUCUUUCUCAAACAUAUCUUCAUAAGACACUAAUAUAAAGAAUAUACUGUAA